AUGAUGCGCAUCCAAUGCAUUAGUACGAAGCACUGCACGACGCAAGCUAGCCUGUUCUAUUCUAAAAAAGUAGAUGUCUAUGCUCGUUCUGAUGUUAGAAUCACAAUGCUUCAGGGUUUUCGGGCUUGCAUGGGAUGCACACAACAUUUCAACACUACUAAUCAGUCGUUUACGCAUGUCGUCGCCGGUGCUUUCAUGGAAACAAACAGUCAAGCAUAA